AUGGCUGCUAAAGAACGAUACCAAAUGAUAAUCCAAACCUACGCCAUCUGCCUUUCGAGCAACGCGAAAUCCCGUUUGGUGUACGCAGGCAUAAAGUUGGUUGACUAUCCCAAACCAUUCUUCGACUAUCCGAGUUACCUGCAAAACUUUGAUUCCGACAAAUUUCGUCAAGCUCUCAACACAUGGAUGGGAAUGGCGAUAAUGAACGGAAAUUAUGUCGACCCACUCAACGUUUUCUGCAGACCGCUGAAGCGAAUUCUAGGACCCAUAGUCAAAGAUUGCUAUAUAACUUACCCGAAAAACAUAUUUCACAAGGCAUUGAACAAAUGCCUGGAACCGGCAAUAAAGGAUUAUUAUUCACAACACCCGAGAUGCAGCGUAACCAAAGAAAUCACUCAUUUAAUAUUCAGUCGAUGUAAUAGACUAAAGAGUCUCAAGGUUUACGUCGGUGAUGAACAUACCCUAUCACUGGUUGAUAUGGAUUUCGCUUUGCUCACCGAAUGUCACAAUGCUCUGCUGAAUCUUCAAAGAUUUGAAUUGACCAUUCGGGCUCCCUCUUUGAACGAAGGACCUAACUUACGAGAAAAUAGCAACAUCUUGACGAGCCUGUUCACCAUGAUGUCAAUUCAUGCAACAAACAUUCAGGAGAUUAGAAUGCAAUCUUACACUACGGGCUUGCCAACCUCAGUUCAUAAUAGUCUGUAUCGGAUGAUUGAAUCGCAAAAGAUGUUGCAAUCAUUCAUGUCCAAUUAUUUUUGGGAUGCAAGGGAAAGCUCCCUGUUCAAGGCUUUGCUCAACCAAUCACGUUCACUGACACGACUUCGCCUCUGGGGUCUGACACACUUCGACGAUUCAUUGAUAAUAGGAUUGUUAGAAUGGAAUGCUCUGAGGACAUUUGAAUUGAUGGGUUGCCCGGUGUCUUCCUUAGCCGAGAAUUUCCCAAAUGGUCAGUUGAAAAUCCGAAAUGUGCACGUCGGCAACGGCUAUGGAUCGUAUCCUUUCAUCACAAACGGUCUGCUCAAGAUGAUUAAUUUAAAUCUGCAAAAAUUAGUGGUCGAGGGUGCAACUCCAGAGAUAAUAGAGGCGGUCACCGAGAAUUGCCCGCAGAUCACUCACCUAUCCAUUUGUGCCUACCAAGAUAUCUUUCAAUCUUUACCAAGACUGCUCUCCGCCUUGUCACUGUUGGAGACGUUAAUCUUGGGAAAUCAGGAACAAUAUUUGUUCACUUCGGAGACGCUAUUGCAAUUCUCACGGUCCAUACCACCUUCACUUUGUGCCCUCUUCCUGAACUUUAACAUUUCCUCGCAAGCACUGAGGAUUUUGUUAACCGAAUGCCAGGCUAAACUGAGUAUACUGGAGUUACAUCAAAUACAAAAUAAAGAGUAUGAAUUGUUCUCCAUACUGAUUCAGUACACCAAGGAAAAUAAAAAUCUGAAGGAUAUAAAACUAUAUUUGGCUCACAGUUACGGAUUCACCGAAACUGCGAGCCCUUUCGUUUUGGAGGAUGCAAGGAAUUAUUUGACUAUUGUCAAGCAAAAGACCAGGAACAUCUAUAAUCUCUGGUAA